GCAGGAACUUCGACAAAAACGUUCCCCUCAGCUACAUCAAGGGACUGAUGGGUGUCCACCCCGACAGCAAGAACUACAGACUCCCACUUCACUACCACACGGAGAUCCCCGAUGACCUGCCGGAAUCUUUUGAUGCGCGGGAGCAGUGGUCCCACUGCAGCAGCAUCCACGUCAUCCGCGACCAAUCUACGUGUGGAUCGUGUUGGGCGUUUGGAGCCACGGAAGCCAUGUCAGACCGAAUCUGCAUCCAUACCAACGGAAAAGUUCAGGUGAACGUGUCAGCCGAGGACCUACUCACAUGCUGUGACGGUUGUGGUUUCGGAUGCAACGGAGGGUUCCCUGCUAAUGCUUGGGAUUUCUACAAGCAAAAAGGCCUUGUUACCGGUGGUCUGUACGGUACCGAGGAUGGUUGCCAGCCUUACUACUUCCCGCCCUGCGAACACCACACCAAGGGACCACUGCCUCCAUGCAAAGGAAUCAAGCCAACGCCCAAAUGCGUACGUGACUGUCGCAAAGGGUACGAGAAGAGCUAUAGCCAGGACAAACACUUCGGUAAGAAGGUUUACUCCAUUUCUGACGACGAGACCCAGAUCAGGACGGAAAUAUUUAGGAACGGACCCGUGGAAGCAGACUUCACUGUCUACGCAGACUUCUUGUCGUACAAAAGCGGAGUUUAUCAGCAUCACAGUGAUCAGUUACUAGGUGGUCACGCGGUUCGCAUCUUAGGCUGGGGCAAUGAGAAUGGCGUCCCAUACUGGUUGGUCGCCAACUCCUGGAACCAGGACUGGGGAGACAAAGGUUACUUCAAGAUUCGCCGAGGAAAUGACGAGUGUGGCAUUGAGGACGAUAUCAACGCCGGCAUUCCUAAGGAGCCUAAGGCAUACUGGACGUGCAUCAUGAAGGUUCUCGUGAUAUGCGCAUUGCUCGUGGUGGCGGCCCAAGGCCGCAUCAUGGCUCCACCGUCUCUGAAACCACUGUCUGACGAAAUGAUAAACUUCAUCAACAACCUCAACACCACAUGGAAGGCCGGCAGGAACUUCGACGAAAAGGUUCCCCUCAGCUACAUCAAGGGACUGAUGGGCGUCCACCCCGACAGCAAGAACUACAGGCUCCCGCUUCACUACCACACGGAGAUCCCCGAUGACCUGCCCGAAUCUUUUGACGCCCGAGAGCAGUGGUCCAACUGCAGCAGCAUCCACCUCAUCCGGGACCAAUCCGAGUGUGGAUCAUGUUGGGCAUUCGGAGCGGCGGAAGCCAUGUCCGACCGAAUCUGCAUCCACACCAACGGAAAAGUCCAGGUGAACAUCUCAGCCGAGGACCUGCUUACAUGCUGCAAUAGUUGCGGGGGCGGAUGCAACGGAGGAUUCCCUGCUGCCGCUUGGCACUUUUACGAGAAAGAAGGCGUCGUUACCGGUGGUCUCUACGCUACCGACGACGGCUGCCAGCCUUACUACUUCCCGCCAUGCGAGCACUACGGCACGGGACCACUGCCUCCGUGCAAGGGAAUCAAGCCAACGCCCAAAUGCGUACGCAAAAAGGUCUACUCAAUUUCCCAAGAUGAGAGCCAGAUCAAGACUGAAAUAUUCAAGAAUGGACCAGUGGAAGCAGACUUCAUGGUAUACGCGGAUUUUAUGUCGUACAAGAGCGGAGUUUACCAACACCACAGCGACGAUGUCCUGGGUGGUCACGCGAUCAAAAUCCUAGGUUGGGGCACUGAGAACGGCGUGCCGUACUGGCUGGUUGCAAACUCCUGGAACAAACACUGGGGUGACAAAGGCUACUUCAAGAUUCUCCGCGGAAAGGAUGAGUGUGACAUUGAGGAUCACAUCAACGCCGGUAUUCCCAAGGAAGCCAAAGCGUUUAUGACAGAAUGUGGUCCCACAUCCGAUUUACUGCGCAAAAUUUUUCUACUAAAGAAGUCGGACGCUCUCUCAUUUACCUGGGGGCGUAUCUGGCAAAACCGAGACACAAUGAAGGCUCUCGCAUUAUUAGCGCUGUUCGCCGUAGCAGCCCAGGGUCGCAUCAUGGCCCCAUCGUCUGUGAAGCCGUUGUCUGACGAAAUGAUAAACUUCAUCAACAACCUUAACACCACCUGGAAGGCUGGCAGGAACUUUGACGAGAACAUUCCGUUCAGCUACAUCAAGGGGCUCAUGGGCGUCCACCCCGACAGCAAGAACUACAGGCUUCCGCUUCACUACCACACGGAGAUCCCCGAUGACCUGCCCGAAUCUUUUGACGCCCGGGAGCAGUGGUCCCACUGCAGCAGCAUCCACCUCAUCCGGGACCAGUCCACGUGUGGUUCGUGUUGGGCAUUCGGAGCUGUGGAAGCCAUGUCCGACCGAAUCUGCAUCCACACCAAAGGCCGAGUCCAGGUGAACAUCUCUGCCGAAGACCUGCUCACGUGCUGUGAAGACUGUGGUGACGGGUGUAACGGAGGAUUCCCGCCUUCAGCAUGGCAGUUCUACAAGGACAAAGGCCUUGUUACCGGUGGCCUGUAUGGUACGGAUGAUGGUUGCCAGCCUUACCACUUCCCACCCUGUGAACAUCACACCAAGGGACGACUGCCUCCGUGCAAGGGAGACGGUCCGACACCUGAGUGUGUGCGAAACUGCCGCCAGGGAUACGAGAAGAGCUACAGCCAAGACAAACACUUCGGUAAGAAAGUCUACACACUAUCUGGCGACGAAGACCAGAUAAAGACGGAGAUUUACAAGAACGGACCCGUGGAAGCAGACUUUACUGUCUACUCGGACUUCCUGUCAUAUAAGAGCGGAGUUUACCAGAAGCACAGUGACGAUGUUCUGGGCGGUCACGCUAUUCGCAUCUUAGGCUGGGGCUCUGAGAACGGCGUCCCUUACUGGCUCGUCGCAAACUCCUGGAACGAAGACUGGGGAGACAAAGGCUACUUCAAGAUUCGUCGUGGAAAUGACGAGUGUGGCAUCGAAGAUGACGUCAACGCCGGAAUUCCCAAGGAACUCAAGGCAUAGAACGAGUAAUGAGCAAUGGUUCUAGUGACGUUGUCGGAUGUGACAGAAAAAUUGUGAAGUAUUAUUUAUAACAAUAAAACAAGUUACUUUCUCUUUA